GGAAAAAAAUACAAAUCUACUUAAAGAAGACAUGCUGUUGCUCGUAGGGAACGUUUCAGGACUGGUGGUCAGUAAGACUGGAGACAUAUGAGCUGGGGGACCAGGAUCAUUGAUAGCCACCUACCCCUGGAAGAGGUAGAUGAGCACCAUAGCUUGGAGAGGAGAAGACAGGAUGAAGGUGAGCCCGCUACAGGAUGAAGGUGAGCCCGCUACAGGAUGAAGGCCAACCAGGAGGGAAGAUUGUGUCUCUAACUUGGACCAGAUGACAAAGACAAGGCUGAGCAUGCAUCAGAAACUGGCCAUGGAGUGCAAACUAAUGUGUUUAAAGGAAGUGUAUGUUGAGCUGGCUAUGAAGGAGGAGGGGGACAUGAAGAACCAGCAGUACCAAUGGUUGAAGGAGGAGGGGAACAUGAAGAACCAGCAGUACCAAUGGUUGAAGGAGGAGGGGGACAUGAAGAACCAGCAGUACCAAUGGUUGAAGGAGGAGGGGGACAUGAAGAACCAGCAGUACCAAUGGUUGAAGGAGGAGGGGGACAUGAAGAACCAGCAGUACCAAUGGUUGAAGGAGGAGGGGAACAUGAAGAACCAGCAGUACCAAUGGUUGAAGGAGGAGGGGGACAUGAAGAACCAGCAGUACCAAUGGUUGAAGGAGGAGGGGGACAUGAAGAACCAGCAGUACCAAUGGUUGAAGGAGGAGGGGGACAUGAAGAACCAGCAGUACCAAUGGCUGAAGGAGGAGGCGGACAUGAAGAACCAGCAGUACCAAUGGUUGAAGGAGGAGGGGGACAUGAAGAACCAGCAGUACCAAUGGUUGAAGGAGGAGGGGAACAUGAAGAACCAGCAGUACCAAUGGUUGAAGGAGGAGGGGAACAUGAAGAACCAGCAGUACCAAUGGUUGAAGGAGGAGGGGGACAUGAAGAACCAGCAGUGUACCAAUGGUCGAAGGAGGAUGAGACAAAAACAAUGUUUUUCUCAAACCAGCACCAGUUCGGAGUCCUGA